AUGGAAGCAGCGCAGCCGCUGAGCGCUCGGUCCGAGGAUGCUGCCUCCAUGCCGAACUCUGCACGAGGGCUCCUCGAGGUGGAGCAGCCGGACUUGCAGAUGCCCAUGAAGGGGUCCCAUGAAAUCUCCGAAGAGGAGUUUCAACAACUGGAUGUCUUCAUCAAUCAGAUGAUUGGCUGCUUGCAGCAGUGUGAGCUGAUCUUCUUCGUCGGCCUGCCUCUGAUGGGCAUAGCCGGUGCUUUCUUUACAACGAAGGAAGCAGGUUUCCCAAUUCUCUUUUACCUCGGGUACGUGCCCCUCCUGCUGGUCAACAAGGGCAUCGAGCUUUAUUUCCUCCAGCACUGGAAGAACAUGGAUCCGGUCGCCAACCAGAUCCAGAAGGAGCAGUGGGGCCUCUUCUUUCAGAAUCCCGUCAUGCUCCUCUUCAACGGUGUCAUGGAGCAUUUGGAUCUCUUCCUGGAUGUGGUCUUCGUUGCCACGGCCUACGCCACUGGCUACAAGAUUCUGGCCGCGGCCAGCACUGCCACCUGGCGAUAA